AUGGAUGCCCUGGCACGUACUGUGUUGAGCGAGAUCAGUGACCGUGCCAAACCACACGUAAGCGAAAGCUCUGGUUUAUUGCCUCAAGAACAAAGCGAGUCUCCGGCAAAAGACAAGCAGCCCUACGCUUCCCAGUCUUUACUGGAAAGCGGCCUACUCGAUUCCUCCAGAGCUCAAGUCAUGUCUACACUUAUCUCCCGUGCCUUUUCGCAGCCUUUCCAGUCACCAAUUCUUCUUACCAGAGCAGAACAAGUGGGACAAUCUUCGCAGGCAGAGAGCGCCAGCUCAAGACCGCAACGGACAGAUGGAACAUCACCACGUGCUUUCACUGCAAGAGAAACUCGUGUUGUCGGCCACGCUCAGUCCUCGCUAAGCCCAGAUCAGAAUAUCGUGUGCUUGAGUCGGCAGCGGGUGCUGGCUUCAGCUUUUCAGGCAAAAAUGAUUCCUCAAUACGACGGCCCGACGGACGGAAUAGAUUCUCACAACGACCUUCGAGACGACCCUGGUCCACAAGAUAGCGGAUCCACUCGUCUGAAUAUGUCCGAUCUCUUCGAUGGCCGUACACCUGAACAGCUUGAGAAGAGCGUGGAAAAGAGUCUGGAUUUGCUGAAGAGGAUCAAGCAAACUCUAGGAGAAGAAUCGGACGCAAUAGUAAGUCGAUGGUCUAGGGAAAUUGCUUCUGUUCAAUCUCAAGCCAUCUCACCCAAAACUGUCAUUGGUGUUGUUGGUGCAACAGGCGCAGGCAAAAGCUCAGUCAUCAACGCUGUUCUCGAUGAAGAACGUUUGCUUCCGACCAGUUGUAUGAGAGCCUGCACCGCUGUUGUGACUGAGAUCAGCUACAAUCACCAGGGGGGUGCCCCGUAUAGAGCUGUGGUCGAAUUUAUUUCAAAGGAAGACUGGCGAAAGACGCUGAAUGUUCUCUUCCAAGAUCUCGUCAACAGUUCAGGCCAGGUUUUCUCCGAUUACACGAACGAAGACUCAGAAUCCGGCAGUGCAUAUGCCCAGGUUAAGGCAGUUUAUCCUAGGCUGACUAAAGAAGAAAUGGUCCAGGUCCCAAUCGACAAACUGAUGGAGCACCAGAACGUCGCCUACCUCGACACAAAGCGUGUUAUCGAAUCUGGGGAUGUUACAACGUUCUACAAGGAACUGCAAGGCUUUGUGGGCAGCAAGGAGAAGAAAACUCGUGAGACUGAGUUUUGGCCUCUCAUUCGGGUUGUCAAACUCUACGUAAAAGCUCCCGUUCUAGCCACUGGUGCAGUCAUCGUGGAUCUCCCGGGUAUGCACGACAGCAACCAGGCUCGUGCAGCUGUCGCAAGAGACUACAUGAAACAAUGCAGUAGGUUGUUGAUUGUUGCACCUAUCACAAGAGCGAUCGACGACAAAACAGCAAAGACCCUACUUGGCGACUCUUUCAAAUGCCAAUUGAAGAUGGACGGGGGACUCACUUCUGUGACGUUCGUUUGCAGCAAGACUGAUGAUAUCUUAGUCACCGAGGCUCAGGAUGCUCUUGGGCUUGGGGAAGAGUUGGAGGUAAUGUGGGCGGAACAGAGAGGCCUAGAAAAGAAGAAAGAAGAACUGGAGAAGGAGAUCAAAAAUCUCGAAAACUCCCGGCACGAAAUGGAGGAAGCCAUCGAUAAAGUCAAGGAUCGGCUAGCGUUUUUGAGACAGUUACAACGCGACUUGGCUGGGGGUAAAGCUAACUUCAGGCCCGAGCGAAAGUCAGCGAAGCGCAAAUUCUCCGAUAUAAGCAGCUGGGCGGAGCAAGCUUUCAAAGUUGAAGAGCCUAGUCCGGAGCGUGACUGCACCAGUGGCAACCGUCAGUGUGCCAGUACAGCGCAAUCCGACUACGCAUCCUCCAACGCUUGCCGCGGUCAGGAUGGACCAAUCACAGCAGAUGAAAUCUCAAGGGGAAUCGCGCAAUCCCUAGGUUCCAAAAGGGAUGGAGACCUCAAAAUACAAAAAGUUGAUGGACAAAUCCAGGCACUGCGGGCUCGAGUUCGAGAAGUCGACAAAGAGCACGAAAGCAUCCCCUCGAAGGUUACCGCUCGGUGUAUCGCAGCACGCAACGACCAUUCACGAGUUGCUAUUCGUCAGGACUACGCGGCAGGUAUACGUGAAUUGGAUCAGGAGCUGGCUGAGGAAGAAGACGCAGAAAAAUUCGAUCCUGAAGUGGAUGCGCGCGAUUAUGCUGAAGUGGCUCGCAAUCUUCCUGUCUUCUGCGUAUCUUCUCGCGCGUACCAGAAGUUGAAGGGGAGACUUCAUAAGGAUACAACUCCUCCAGGCUUCCUACACUUAAAUGCGACAGAAAUUCCCGCCCUGCAAGCUCACUGCGUGCAAUUGACCGCCGAAGCUCGUCAAGCAACCUCCCGCAAGUUCCUGACUAGCAUGUUUCAGCUGCUGAACUCACUUCGACUGUGGGCCUCAAACGAUAGCGCGGCCAAAAACCUGACGGCGGGACAAUCGGACCGAGAAGCCCAAAUCCUAGAAGAAAAGCUCAAGGAACCGAACCGGACACUCAAAAAGGCAUGCGACGAUGUCGUCAACAAGAUUUCCGACGAGCUUCAGGACGAAAUCUGUGGGGCAUACCCCUUUGCCACAGCAACAGCGCGAGAUCAGGCAAGUGACAUUGUUCGGAAAUGGGGAGGUCUCCACUGGCAAACGUACAAAGCUGUGGUCCGCCGCGACGGACGCUUCACAAAUAAGAAAGGCUAUCAUAAUUUCAACAAGGAGCUGCUUGAACCGCUAAUUCGUCGCCUCGCUAGACCUUGGGAAUUCACCUUUUCUCGUACAAUACCAGUUACCCUGGAUGAACUUCCAUCAAGUGUGGCUCACCAUAUCACCGCCUUCCACAACGUUGUUGAGCGCCGUGCUGUCCGCAAUGGUUCCUACGUGUCUUCUUUCAGGAUGCUCAAGCAGCAAAUACCUGUGUAUCAGGAAAAGCUGAAGGUUGCAAUCACUGAUGCGAAAAGUUGGGUCACCGAGCAGCAGCGUGACUGCCACCGGGAGUUUGAGCCUUUUAUAACUGCACAUAUGCGCCCAGUAUAUGUCGCUUGCAAUAAUGAGUCAGGCUCAGGACAAUACAAACGGAUGAAGGAGAAGAUGGAGCGAUAUGUUCGGAAGCAGAAGAAGCACAUGUUCCAUAAGGCGGUGGAUCACGUCGAUGAACUUAUUCAGCAAAUCCCACGCGGAGUAAGAGAAUCUCUACGCCGUAAAAUUAAUGGUAUAUUCAAGGCUGUCCGGAGAGACUAUAAGAGCGUGGUGGUUCGUCAAAAGGCCCGGCCGCUAGAACGAAAAGCCUCACUCGACAAGAUUCUGGAUAUUGUGGACAGCGCCGAACUGGUUUUCAAGCAAGCCGUUGGCCUUGAACCUGAACCUGAACCAACACAAUAA